CGUACGUGCAUUAGGAUUUAAUUAUCGUGUUCUUUGUCCAUUAUGCUCUUUUUUCUUUUUUCAUAAAAACCAAUAUAUUGAACAUAGAAAGAAUUAUUGAAAAGGGAAAAUAUAUGAAAAGAUCAUUAAUCUAGCCAAAAAUAUUGUAACUAAAAGCAAGUAAUAAGAAAUCUCCUUGAAAAUGAUUGUACGUUUUUGUUGGUGUCGGAUCUCGCACCAGUAGCCCGGGACCAACCAAAGAUUGUCACGUAGUCAAGACAAAGGCCCACAAAGGAUAAGGCCCAUGUACAUAAGUUAAGAGUGCGGUCGAGGUGGUGACACCACAAGGAGAGUUCGGUGUGAAUGCACCUCGAUACAAGUCUGGAGUCGAAGUCGCAGUUAAGUCGGUUCAAGGCUAUUUGGACUGAGAGACGAGGCCCAUGAAGGUCGGAAUCAAUUCAAAUUCGAACGUUGAAUAUUAAAGUCAAAGAUUGAAACGGACGCAUUUAAGAGAGAAUAAUUGUAUUUAAUUAGGAGUUAAAUAUCAUUUGUGAGUAUAAAUAUAAGGGCCAAUGGCCAUGUAAGUGGGGGCUCUCUCGUCUUCAAAAAAAUAUACAAUAGCAUUUUCCUAAUUCAUAGUUUCUACACAACAACUUUUGUAUUCAAGAAUAUUCGUUCUCAUUAAAUAAAUAAAUACUUGAGUGUGUGAAUUCGACAUCCACAUUUUGGCGCCGUCUGUGGGGACGGAAGAUUCUUGAGCAGUCAGAUUUCUUUCACUACAUUUCCGAGGUAAGCAGCAAUGUCCAGAGGAGACAUCCCUGAUGCAUCAUUGGCCGAAACUCUCAAAGCCAUGCAGCAAACCAUGUCAGAAAUGUCUCAGAAGUUCUCGAAUGUGGAGAAGGCGGUUGACUCGUUACAAACAACCCAGGUAUCUCUUAGCCAAAACGUCAGUACUAUUCAAUCUCGUGUUCGCUCUUUAAGUGCAGGAAAACACCCUGGAGUCCGAAGAAGAAUGUUCAAUUCGCCAAGCUCCCUUGCGCGAAAUGAAACCAGCGAACAUGUAACUCCCGAUGCCGCCAAUACAGUAUAUCAGCCGGUGGACGGAGGGACGCAACUCGAAGACGAAGAUCAACUUGCAGAACAGUACGAGCAACAAAGCCUUGACCAGUUCGAGACUAUGAAAAAGGUUAGCCAAGAACUAAAGGAAAUGAAGUCAAAGUUCCAUCAGGCCACUAGUUCAGAACCAGAUAUCAAUCGAGUCAUUGAAGAAGCUAGGCGAACACCUUUUAUCUCGCGAAUUGCAAGUUUGAGAAUCAAAGAUUCUCGGAAGCUCAAAUCGGAGCCCUAUAGUGGAUUAGAAGAUCCCAAAAGUUAUCUCGCAGCCUUUUUGAUUGCCGCUGGACGAGUCGAAUUGGAUGAAGCUGAUGAAGAUGCGGGGUACUGCAAACUCUUUUCGGAAAAUCUUUGCGGCCAAGCAUUAAUGUGGUUUACCCAGUUAGAGCCAGGGUCAAUCAGCAAUUUUGAUGAUUUGUCAGCUGUUUUCUUGAAACAAUAUUCUAUCCUUAUGGAUAGAAGUGUUUCGGACGCUGACCUUUGGAACCUAUCACAAGGGUCGAAUGAGUCACUUCGAGUUUUCAUCACCAAAUUCAAGGGGGUACUGUCGAAGCUCCCAAGAAUUUCACAACAGUCAGCUUUAUCUGCCCUACGAAAAGGUUUGAGGCAAGAUUCAAGGUUCAAAGAGGAUCUAAUACUUCAUAAACCGGACACAAUUCAAGACGCACUUUUCCGCACAAACAAUUGGAUGGAAGUAGAAGAUGAAAAAGAAAAUUUCGCCAAAAGGAAUAAACAAGAAAAACCGGCGGUCACUUUUCCUACCAAGAAGUUUGAGCCCAGGGAAAACAAAGGACCAAGAAGGUUUGGGUCACAGCCUUUCAACAAUAUCGUCGGAAAAAAAUUCCAAGGAAAAGGAAAGUCGAACACGUAG